AGAUGAGAAAUGCAUACAGCAUUCAAGGAUCAUUGAAACCUCAUUUGCAUCGACUUGCAACUGCUGAUUAUAAACGCACUCACUCAUGUGUGCCAACUGAAGAUAGAGAUAGGAUUUAGAUCAGUAUUAGACUAGUAAGCAAUAUCACCACAUGCUCUAUGAGGAUACGAAGCAAAUAUCAAGCUCAAUGGUUUAUUUGGCUCGUUAUUACCACCGUUAUAUUAAGAACCGGAACUCCAGUGGAAGCUCUGACAACAACUUAUGGCAUAAGUUUGCUCAACAGAACCAGUUUUCCCUCUGGUUUUGUAUUUGGAGUAUCAUCAUCAGCUUACCAGACAGAAGGAGCUGCAACUGAAGAUGGUAAGGGGCCAAGUAUAUGGGAUACUUUUACUCACAAAUUUCCAGAAAAGAUAAAGGAUCAUAGUGAUGGGAACAUUGCCACAGACAGUUACCAUCAAUACAAGGAAGAUGUGAGAAUGAUCAAGAAAAUGCGUUUUGAUGCCUAUCGUUUCUCAAUUUCAUGGCCUCGAAUCCUACCGUAUGGAAAGGUGACUAGAGGCAUCAAUGAACAAGGGCUCCAUUACUACAGCAACCUCAUCAAUGAGCUAAUUAAAAAUGGCAUAGAACCCUUUGUCACUCUUUUUCACUGGGAUACUCCCCAGGCCCUAGAGGAUGAAUAUGGUGGUUUCUUAAGUUCUCAAAUUGUAAAUGAUUAUCGUGAUUAUGCAAAUCUAUGUUUCCAAACCUUUGGAAACAAGGUGAAGUACUGGACCACUUUCAAUGAGCCAUCCACCUACACUCUAGGGGGUUAUGUGUCGGGUAAUUUUGCACCAGGUAGAUGCUCUUCAUGGCAAAAUGCCAGUUGCACGGGUGGAGAUUCAGGUGUGGAGCCAUAUAUUGUGGCACAUAAUCAACUGCUAGCUCAUGCAGCUGCAGUUAAAUUGUACAGGGACAACUACCAGGCUUCACACAAAGGAAAGAUUGGAAUAACCCUAGAGACACGCUGGAUGGUGCCUCUGUCUGAUGAGUCUAUCAAUAUAAAUGCCGCUGAUCGAGCCCUAGACUUCAGCUUUGGAUGGUUUAUGAAACCACUAACAGCAGGAGACUAUCCAAGCACAAUGCGAUUUCAGGUAGGAAGCCGACUUCGUAAUUUCUCAGAAGAAGAAGCCAAUAUGCUGAAAGGCUCAUUUGAUUUUCUUGGUCUCAACUACUACACAUCAAACUAUGUGGAACACUUCUCAGAUCCCAAUCUUAUAGAUGCUAGCUACAUAACAGAUUCACAAACUCGUGCAAGAACUGAAAGGAACGGAGUCCCUAUCGGUCCUAAGGGUGCAUCAAGUUGGCUGUAUGUAUAUCCAAUGGGAAUACAUGAUCUUCUACUAUAUAUUAAAAGAAAUUACAGUAAUCCAACAAUCUACAUCACUGAGAAUGGGAUUGAUGAGCUUAAUAAUUCUACAUUGUCUCUGGGAGAAGCCCUCGAUGACAGCACAAGAAUUGACUACUACUACCAACAUCUUUCUUCUGUUCGACAAGCAAUAAGUGAAGGAGUCGAUGUGAGGGGAUACUUUGCAUGGGCAGCUCUGGACAAUUUUGAGUGGAAUUCUGGAUACACUGUAAGGUUUGGCUUGAACUUCGUCGACUACAAAGCUGGGCUGAAAAGAUACAAGAAACUUUCGGCCAAGUGGUUCACAAAUUUUCUUCGUCUGGAAUAAAAACCUAAAUGUAACUUUUGACUAUAUUUCAUGAAUAAGCUAAGAACACAAUUUCCCCCUAUCAAUUUACCAAAGGUUGUGACAAAAAAAUUGGCGAUAUAUGUACAAUUUGUUAGUUAGAUAAAUUUACGCAUUUGAGAUUGUGUUCUAUACCAUCAGAAA